AUGGAAAGUCAGGAAAUCCUCUUGGUUGAUUUACAACCGGCUCAUGGCACCUCCAGCCCAGCAGAGGUCAUCAAGUCACAGAUCCAUAUCGAGUCCUGCACCGCCAAUUUCUUCUCCCUUUACCGCUACGCAAGCGGGUGGCAGAUACUCGUGCUAUCGGUAUCAGCAUGCUGCGCAGUAAUCGCCGGUGUAGCAAUACCCUUGGUGUCGGUUGUAUUCGGGACUUUGGCAAAGGAAUUCAUCAAUGGACAUGAGAAAGCGCCGCAAGAUGCUCGAAACCAAGUCCAACACCUCACACUCCAAUUGGUUUAUAUCGCAAUCGGAGCCUUUGUUACCACCAUGAUCAGCACAUGGGGUUUCGAUGUUGUUGGAGAAAAAAUAACCCAUGAACUCCAAGAGAGAUACCUCUCUUCUGUUCUACAACAAAACAUCGCCUAUUUUGAUGUACUUGGGACAGGCGAGCUCACAUCGUACAUGGAUCAAGACAUGCAAUUGAUCCAGGCAGGCAUCUCGCAAAAGGUGAGCUACAUCAUCUCCGGAGUUUCCGGAUUCGUGGCCGCUAUCAUUUUUGCAUUCAUGUCCAACCGGAGAUUUGCAUCUAUCAUGAUUUCACAGCCUCUUGCUCUUAUUCUGUGGGUAGGGUCUAUGGGCUACUGGUUGAGCAUUACGCAGAAAAAUGGCUUGACGCAAUACGUCAAAGCCGAUAAUUUAGCACAAGAAGUGCUCAAUGCAAUGAGGAACGUCCUUGCCUACCGAAGCCAAGAAAGAUACUCCAGAAAGUAUUUUGAUACUCUACAGCGUCCAGCUGCAUUGGACUUUCGCGAACGGUUGAUUUUCGGCGUGAUUGUCGCAGGCUCCUUCACGACUUUGCAUUGGGGAAACGGAUUGGGAUUCUGGCAAGCGAACAAACUCUUCCAUCAAGGGCUCUGUACAGUAUCAGAAGCGUUGGUCAUUAUGUAUGCAACAUUAAUCGCAGGUGGGAUGUUGUGCCAAGCGUUGCCUUUUGUUGUCGAUAUCACACUGGCAAAUGGAGCAGCUCGUCGGGUGUUCUCAGUCAUUGAACGUGUUUCGCCUAUCGACUCAAUGAAUGAUACGGGGAUAAAGCCAGUUUCAGUGCGAGGUGAAAUUCGGUUUGAAGACGUCAGUUUUGCUUAUCCUUUGCAGCCUGAGCGGACUGUCUUGGAAAAUGCCAGCUUCACUGUUCCACCAGGCCGCACCGUGGCCUUGGUAGGACCAUCAGGGUCUGGAAAAUCCACUGUGUUUGCUAUUUUGGAACGAUUGUACCUUCCAUUUAAUGGGACUAUCACACUGGACGACGAACCAAUUGAGAAUAUCAAUGUCUCGUGGCUCAGGUCCCAGAUUGGUUAUGUCGGUCAAGACGUUAGUUUGUUCAAUGCAUCUAUCCAUGACAAUAUUGCCCAUGGGCUGUCAGUAGUUCACGAGAUGCCAGACGAAUCUACUGUUCGAAGUAUGGUUAUUCAGGCUGCCGAGAAAGCCCAAAUUCAUUCCUUCAUCAUGGAACUUCCCCAUGGUUACGACACUGUGAUUGGGGCAAAUGGGUCAAGUCUGUCGGGUGGACAAAGGCAAAGGAUUGCCAUUGCACGUGCAAUUGUUUCGCAGCCAGCAAUCUUACUCUUGGAUGAGGCUACUGCUGCUUUGGACAGUCAAAGUGAAAAAGAUGUCCAGGAGGCUCUCAAUGAAGCCGCUUCAGGACGGACCACUAUGAUAAUUGCUCAUCGACUGUCAACGGUUCAAAAUUCCGAUACAAUAAUUGUCCUCAAAGAUGGAAAUGUUCUGGGUCAAGGCUCACAUGCAGAGUUGAUGAAAACUUCCACAGUGUAUCAAGAGUUGGUGAGACACCAAGCACUCCGCCCAGAUGACCGACCAGUGGAAGAUCUCACCUGUCAAUUAUCUUACCAAGGAAAAGACGUUGAAGAAUUGAAAGAUAUUUCCGUCUACGUUGAUGGAGUUGGGUCGCCAAAGGAUGCUCCAGUGUCAACAUUACAACCCAAGAAUAGCGUCAAGUAUGUUUGGCACCUCAACAAGCCGGAGCUACCUUACACCAUUGCAGGUAUUAUUUUCAGCAUUAUGGCAGGAAUAUCAUACCCAAUCCAAGCCAUCUUCUUCGGGAACGGGGUCAUAUCAAUUAUCAGCCCUGAUCUGAGUACCGGUGGUCACACUGUGCGAUUUUGGACAUUGGUAUAUCUUAUACACGGGAUCGUUGUGUUUGGUAUAUACUGCGUACGAGGUUAUUGUUUUGCCAUGACGGCAUCUCAGUUGAAUCUUCGAGCUCGAUCAAGCUUGUUCAGAUGUUUGCUAAUGAAGGACCUCCCCUUUUUUGAGACCAAAGGUCAUUCUACAGGGCAAUUAGUGACUUUUCUUUCAUCCGGAACACAUAAAGUCACCGGUGUCUCGGGUACAUCACUUGGCCUUGCAGCGGAAAGCAUCGUGAUGCUUGCAACAGGAAUCAUUGUUGGGUGCAUCUUCGGAUGGGAGCUUGGUCUUGUCUCGACAGCUGCAGUACCAUUGAUGACGCUCUCUGGCUUCUUGCAGUACUAUACUGUGUCGCAGGUGCAGAAGCAUGUCAAACGAGACACCAAUGCCGCAACUGUUGCACAUGAAGCCUUUGCAGCAAUCAAAACCGUCACCGUCCUUGGCAUGCAGAAGACCAUCCUGGAGACCUUCCGAAGGGAGAGCCAAAGAGAUAGCCAGGGCAGAUAUUGGGUCACAUGUGCGGGCGUGUAUGCAUGUACUCCAUUACUUCGUGUGCUGAGUAUUGCUUUCGUGUUCUGGUACGGUGGCACGCGGCUGAUCCCAACUGGCGAGUACAGCAUCCAACAGUUCUUCAUCUGCUUUGCAGCAAAUGUGUGGAGCUCUCAAUCUGCCGCUGCUCUUUUUGCACAUGCUCCAGAUAUUGCUGGUGCACAUGCUGCUGCUAACCGAUUGGAGGGCUUGAUGCAGCCCAAUGAAUCACAAUAUCCGAAUAAGAAACAGGACGACGUCUCCACACCUGCGCCGUACAAGGUCGAGGAGCUCGCUUUGCAGCGCGUGAAGUUCAAAUAUCCAACUCGGCCAUCCCACAUGGCCUUAGAUGAUGUCAGUUUCGACGUUCUGGCAGGGGCAUUCAUUGCCCUCGUUGGGACCACUGGCAGCGGCAAAAGCUCAGUGAUCAAUUUAGUGGAGCGCUUCUAUACCGCCCAGUCUGGAAAUAUCAUUCUAAGCGAGAAGGCCAUUGGGGAAUAUGAUUUGGAUGGUUAUCGACAGUACCUGGCGCUGGUUGACCAGAAUCCUUGUCUGGUUGGUGAAGAUAUGCGCGAGUGCCUGCAGAGUGAUGAACGAGUCAUCUCCGACGAUGACAUCCUGGUCGCUUUACAAGGAGUUGGACUAGCUAAUUUUGUGCUUUCCCUUCCGCAAGGCUUGAGUUCCCCGGUCUUGGCCAACGGGUCAAGUCUUUCUGGGGGCCAGCGCCAGCGCAUGGCAAUUGCAAAAGCCAUUCUGUGGGGACCAAAGAUUCUCUUGCUUGACGAAGCAACCUCUGCACUGGACACUGCAUCAGAAAAGCUAGUCCAAGAGGCACUCAAACACGCAAUGAAAGACCGAACCACGAUUGCAGUUGCACAUAGACUGAAAACAAUCGUUGACGCGAGUAAAAUCUUGGUUUUUGACGGUGGACGGAUCGUGGAGCAAGGCACCCAUGACAAGUUGAUGCAUCUUAGGGUCCCUGGGAUCGCAACAAGCGCACCAUCCGGGAAACACAAACCUGUAACACCUUACUAUGGUGGCUGGAGAACAUGGUUGAAUCCCUGUCAAUCUGUCCAGCUCGAUACCUCCCAGACUUCAGGAAAGGAAUGGAACAUUCUGUAUCACCUCGGAGGCAAUGGACCCUGGAUUGAGAACAUCCACGAAGGAGCGGCAUCCAGUCCUGAAACCCCAGAAGGCUGCUCAAUUGAUCAGGUGCACAUGAUAUCACGACAUGGGGAACGAUAUCCCACGCGAGCUGUUGGGAACCGGCAUCUGGAUUUCCUCAAGCGCGUGCAAGACACUGGACUUCCUCUCAAUGGCUCCCUUGCAUUUCUCCAAAACUGGACCUAUAUCACAGACGACCCUGACAAAGAUUUCGGCGAAUUGACCAGCACAGGUCCAUAUGCUGGCACACUGAGUUCAUUUACAACAGGCGUCCGGUUCCGGACACGAUAUGGCCAUCUGAUUCCUAAAAAUACUCAAACACGGCUAUGGGCAAGUGACUCAGGCCGUGUCAUCGAGACAGCCCGCCAUUUCGCCUCUGGAUUCUUUGGUCUUGAUUGGGAAGCAAUUGGCAAGGCCGAGCUACAAGUAAUACCCGAAACAUUUGAGCGUGGUGCGGAUACUCUUACUCCGGGUGAUACUUGCUACAAGUACCUCGAGGAUACCAUCCAUGGCCAUGACAAUGGUCAAGAGAUGCUUGCACGGUUCCAGGAAAGCUAUAUUCCUGCAAUUGCGGAGCGACUCAUGCAUGAAGGGAACUCCGGCCUGAAAGGACUUUCCAACACGGAAGUCUACGGUAUGCAGGAGAUGUGUGGGUUUGAAAUAAUGGCACGAGGGUCGAGUCCAUGGUGUGAGGUAUUUACCGAGCAAGACUGGCAAUACUUUGAGUAUGCCCGUGAUUUGAUUCACUAUUACCGUGCUGGACCAGGCAAUCCCUAUUCUGGUGCGAUGGGAUUGCUGUGGUUGAAUGCAACAACCGGAUUGCUUCGCGAUGGGUCGGAGGCUGGAAGCCUGUUCUUCAGCUUUGUCCACGAUGGUGACAUAGCACCAUUCAUCACGGCACUGGGGGUCCUUGGGAGUGAUAUGGUGCAGCUUCCUACGACCCAUGUUGUAGCAGACCGUAUAUGGCGCACUUCUUCCAUUUUACCUAUGGGCGCAAGGGUCACCCUUGAGCGAAUGUCUUGCUCAUCAGGAAAUGACGAAUCCUAUGUUCGAGUCAAUAUCAACGAUCGCAUUAUGCCGCUGCCAUUCUGCAAGUCUGGUCCCGGGGAAUCUUGUCCCCUUGGUCGCUUUGUGGACUAUGUCCGCCAGCGAAAAGCAAAGGUGGGGGACUUUACAGAGGUGUGUGGUUUGCAAGGAGAUCCUGGAAGCAUCACAUUCCUACACCAGAAAUAA